AUGACUGCUGUGGUACCUGUGGUACCUGUGGUACCUGUGCACCUGUGGUACCUGUGCACCUGUGGUACCUGUGCACCUGUGGUACCUGUGGUACCUGUGGUACCUGUGCACCUGUGGUACCUGUGGUACCUGUGGUACCUGUGGUACCUGUGCACCUGUGGUACCUGUGGUACCUGUGCACCUGUGGUACCUGUGGUACCUGUGCACCUGUGGUACCUGUGCACCUGCGGUACCUGUGUACCUGUGGUACCUGUGUACCUGUGGUACCUGUGGUACCUGUGUACCUGUGGUACCUGUGUACCUGUGGUACCUGUGCACCUGCGGUACCUGUGGUACCUGUGGUACCUGUGCACCUGUGGUACCUGUGCACCUGUGGUACCUGUGUACCUGUGGUACCUGCGGUACCUGUGCACCUGCGAUACCUGUGCACCUGCGGUACCUGUGCACCUGCGGUACCUGUGUACCUGCGGUACCUGUGCACCUGUGGUACCUGUGCACCUGUGGUACCUGUGGUACCUGUGCACCUGUGGUACCUGUGCACCUGUGGUACCUGUGUACCUGUGGUACCUGUGCACCUGUGGUACCUGUGCACCUGUGGUACCUGUGCACCUGUGGAAGCGGUCGUCGUCGCGUGGUCGCUCCGGGAGCCGCUCCAAAAGCCGCUCUCCGGAUAAAAGAUCAAAGAAAGAGGAGAGAGACCGCGGGCGAAGAGAGCGCACACGCAGCAGAGAGCGCCGCCGCUCACGCUCCAGAGACCGCAAACGUCCCCGACGGUCGAGGAGCAGAGACAGACGCAGGAGUCGGGAUCGAAGAAGCCGAGGGAAGAGGUCUCGAUCUGGGAGCAAGGGCCGCAAGACAGACGACAAUAAAGAGAAGGAGACAGAGUCUGCGUCUGGACAGAAGAAAGUCAAAGAGGAGAAGGAGGACGAGAAAGUGGUGGAUCAGGACUUUGACCAGAACAAGCUGGAGGAGGAGAUGAGGAAGAGGAAGGAGCGUGUGGAGAAGUGGAGGGAGGAGCAGAGGAAGAAGGCCAUCGAGAACAUCGGGGAGAUCAAGAAGGAGCUGGAGGAGAUGAAGCAGGGCAAGAAGUGGAGCCUGGAGGACGACGACGACGAUGACGACGACACCUCGGCCCCGAUGGAGGCAGACGAUGAAGAGGAGGGGGAGGGGAAGGAGCCGAAGGAUAAGGAGAGUAAGGAGGAGGUGCCAGAGGGAGGAGAGCUGGAGAAGGAGGUGGUGAUGGAGCAGGAGGACGAGGAGGACGACGUGGACCCACUGGACGCCUACAUGGAGGAGGUCAAGCAGGAGGUCAAGAAGUUCAACAUGGGAGGAGUCAACGACAAGGCCAAAGGAGCCAUGAUGGUGACGAAGGUGGUGACUGUGGUGAAGACAAAGAAAGGUCUGAACGUCCACAAGAAGAAAGGAGAACUGAUGGAGAACGACCAGGACGCCAUGGAGUACUCGUCAGAGGAGGAGGAGGUGGACCUGCAGACCGCUCUGACGGGUUUUCAGACCAAACAGAGGAAGGUUCUGGAGCCGGUGGACCACAAGAAGAUAGAGUACGAGCCGUAUCGGAAGAACUUCUACGUGGAGGUCCCUGAGCUCGCCAAGAUGACCCCUGACGAGGUGAUAAUGCUGCGGUCGGAGCUGGAGGGGAUCAUAGUGAAAGGCAAAGGUUGUCCCAAACCGAUCCGGACCUGGGUCCAGUGUGGAGUCUCCAUGAAGAUCCUCACUGCACUCAAGAAACAUAACUAUGAGAAGCCGACCCCGAUCCAGGCCCAGGCCAUCCCCGCCAUCAUGUCGGGCCGUGACCUCAUUGGCAUCGCCAAAACAGGAAGUGGCAAAACCAUCGCCUUCCUGCUGCCCAUGUUCAGACACAUCAUGGACCAGCGCCCCCUAGAGGAGGCCGAGGGGCCCAUCUACGUCCACUAG